AUGUGGAAUGGUGUAGUAUUGUUUGCUUUUCUUACGUCCGUUGCUUCUGGCUAUUAUAUUAAUAUCGAUGCAAAUGAAGAACAAUGCUUUUUUGAUCGUGUAAUAUCGGGAACAAAAAUUGGACUCAUGUUUGAAGUGGCAGAAGGAGGCUUUCUCGACAUUGACGUUAAGAUUACUGGACCAGAUAACAAAGUAAUUUACAAAGGUGAACGAGAAUCCUCUGGUAAAUACACUUUUGCUGCACAUAUGGAUGGCGUCUACACAUAUUGCUUUGGAAAUCAAAUGAGCACCAUGACACCUAAGGACUCACCUAUUUUUCUUAUUUUUUUAGCUGAUAAUCAAAAAUUGGAAGAAAUGGUCCGUGAGUUGUCCACGGCGCUCAUGUCUGUGAAGCACGAGCAAGAAUACAUGGAGGUUAGAGAGCGUGUGCAUCGAUCAAUCAACGAGAACACGAACAGCCGAGUUGUUCUCUGGGCGGUAUUCGAAGCAUUGGUACUUGUUUCGAUGACUGUUGGACAAAUAUGGUACCUCAAACGAUUCUUUGAAGUACGCACAGUCGUGUAA